AUGACAAAUACAAUCUCGAAAUUUGAAGAGCUUCCUAAUGAACUUAUACUCGAUAUAUUCGCAUAUUGUCGUCCACGAGAUUUAUUUAUAUCAUUAUUUAAUAUAAAGCAACGUCUAAAUACGCUUAUAUUUAGUCAAUCAAUUAAUAUUGAUCUAGGCAAUGCAUUACCUAAAUAUUUACUUGAUGUUUACUAUAAGUCAGUUUUAUACAAUGCGCGCGAGCAGAUUCAUUGUUUACGAUUGUCCGAUACGUAUGGGCGAUUAAAUCGUUUUAUUAUCAAUGAUACACAAUUAGAGAUUGCUUUUGAAAUAAGAAAAUAUAUACUAAGUCGAGUUAAAUAUUUAAUUUUAUGGGAUCCAAUUUUGUCAAGUCUUUAUGAGAGUUUAAAUUAUGUAAAUAAUCUUGAAUAUUUGCAUGUGACAUCAAUAGGAACAGCUAGACAUACGCCGAAUUAUUCUCAAGGAUUACUUAAAAUACUAUUUCAAAUGACAACACUGAAAAAAGUUUAUUUAGCAUUACACGAUUCUAUUAUGUUCAAUACUGAGAUUGGUGUAAAUACCUCGAUUGUGUCGUUCACAUUAAACGGAUGUUAUAUGCAUCAUUUAGCACCAUUACUUAGGCGAUUGCCUAAUAUUCAAAAACUGAAUAUUAUGUGUUAUAAUCGACCAAAUCUUUUUUCGAUUAAUCAGGAUAAUUUUGAUUAUAGUUUAUAUGAUGGACUCCGUGAUUGUCUACCGCAUUUGACAAAUUUGAUAUUGCACGUUACGCAUACGCCAUUUUUCGAAACAAAAGCUCUUCUUCAGCAAUUAUCUAAAUUAACUAAAUUAGCAUUUUCAUCGCUUCUUAUCGAAGACUACGCAUAUGGACCCAAUUGGGUACAACUCGUUAGUAAUUUUUUACCAAAAUUACAAAAAUUCAGUUUAUCCAUCAAUGAAGCACAAAUCUCACCCCGCACUCAAAUUGACAUUAGUAGAAUGAUCCAAUCAUUUUCCAGUUCGUUUUGGCUUCGAUGGCCAGUUGUUAUUGAAUAUUAUGUUGAUGCAUUAUCGAAAAAGCAUCUUAUGUUAUACACAUUACCCAGUCAAAAAGAUAGUACAAGAACAUAUUUAUACGGAGUACAGGCAGAAACAACAAAAGAAAUAUUUCAAGAUGACGAUCUGACUAUAAAAGAAGGAAAAAAUUCCGACUAUAAAAAAGUCUAUGAACUUCAUUUUACUCUUCAAACAAAUGCUCCGUCGAAUACUCUUUUACCAACUCGUGUUUAUACCAAUCUCAAAUCGUUGUCGUUUUCAUCCGAAUUAACCAAUUCUGAAUCCUAUGAUGCUGAUAAUAUUCUAAAUGAUCUUCAGAGAAUGUUUUCAACAUCUGUACUUGCCAAUAUUAAACGUAUUUAUUUGUACAACCAAAUCUAUCCAAUAAAUUUCCUUUCAAAGAUAUUAAAUCUUUUACCCAAUGUACAAAGUCUUCGAAUCGACGCUUCCCUACUUAACCUUGAAACAGUUUUAACCCGUAUUACCAGUUUAACCAUUGAUUUCAAUUCAAGUACUAUAAAAAAACCAACAGAUAUCCUUCGGCAAAUGAGCACUUACCUUCCUAGCAUACGCUAUCUCUAUCUUGAAUUCAAAGAUGCUCAAGACAUAUACAUUUACCUAAUAUACGGCCUUCGAAAGCUUGUACAUCUAUUAGACAUUCACAUAACAAUUCACGAACAAAAUGUUCGUAUUGAUCCAGACGCCUUUAUGUCGUGGUUUAACGAUUAUAAAUCUUUGAAUGGACUAAACAGCAAAGUUCAAGUUGAGUUCGGGGGCGAAGAUAACCGUUUACAUAUUUCAUUGUGA